ACUUUACUCAGCAAUCAGAAGAUGCAUGUGAAUGAAUGAAUGAACCAGUCACUACAUUAAACAUUUACAUAAGGAUUCCAAUAAAAUGCCAUUUACAUUCAGGCUUUGCGUAAAUGGAUUACGCACCAGGCUUCUGCCAUUUUAAACUUUACAUUCAUCUCAUUUUGUCAUACGCAGGGUCAGAGUCAGCGUGGUACCGCCGUCAGAGACUGUCCCUGCCCUCACGCUGGCUCCAGCAGGCUGCCUAGUUUUGCGGUUGCGUGGAAACUAACACGGCUGCACUGAACGAUCCCUGCCUGUACCGGAGAGGAGCAUUACCAGCGGCGCUUGUUGGUGGUUGUCUGAGCGGCUCUCAGACACAAGUUUAACGAUCAGCAAAGAGGAUCUUAUGGGGACGGAUCAAAACAGUGGUGGGACCGCCUGUUUACGAGCGCUCUGAUCCUGGUGAUUUCACUGAGGAGCGAUUGUGGCGCUCGGACACGCAUGAUGAAAAGAAGAGGGAAAGCAGCUGAAACGUGAGUGCUACAUGUGUUUUCUGUGUGAUAUUGCAUGCGUGUACAGUAAAUACGUUUUAAAGUAUACAGUAUGUUUUUUUUUCCAGAUCUCAAGCGAGUUUAUAAUCAUGAUUGAAGCAGGAAACAAAAACUUGAAGGUGCCGAGAUAAGCACGAUGAAAGUAAAACUUAAGGAGGGUAUCAGUUCCCAAGAGGUAUCCUAUCGCCUUUAAUCGCCUUGUUUAGGGUUGAUUGUUAAGCAGGAUCUAAAACCUAGACUGAACCAAGAUUUAGCCACUUGUUACGCUCAAUUUUGCAGCCUUUAUAAUCUGGUUAAUUAUUAAAAUAAAAGGUAAAUUUGCUUGUUAUGUCAAUAUUUCUUUAAUAUAGAAGUCACGCGCAGGAGACUAUUAUUAAUCUAAAUCUCGAGGAGAAACGUAAAUUCAAAAUAACUACAGAUUAAAACUGCAUUAAAUGUUAUCAUAUACAUUCUGCACCCCUGAGUCCAUGCAUGUUGCACUUAAGUAAAAGUCUGCCUCAGUUACAGUAGAAAUCAGUCAAAUGCUUUAAUGUGACCCAGGAAGCAGAAAUAAACCUCUUUAGUAACUGGGAUAGAAAUGGACUAAAGAGAUCAGAAAAAAAGAUAAAUCUAAAAGCAUUAGAACAGGAUUGCAGUUGCAUUAAAAGCCUGCGCUUUAAGUGAAGAUGCAGUGAUGCUUUAUUUUCCUGCUUCCCCUUCUGAUGUCCACACCCCCCAUUGAUAGAACCAGAUGCACAUUUGCCAUUCAUGCAAUUCUUACAGCUGAGAUCAGAUGCCAGUAAGAGGUCAGAGUCAUGCAUGAAAAACAAAUGUCAAGAAAUUUAAUGACAUAAUAAAUUGUAAAUGCAUAUCAUGGUUGGGUCUGGGUCCAAAUUAUUGUCCUCCAUGUGAUUGGUUCAGGAGAAUUGCUUUUGCAAGCACUGACAGUGUAAAUUUAUGACAUGAGAGAUUGACCUUUGCCUGCCUGAGUGUUGUUUCUUACAGGAAUAGACGGUGACUUAAAGGACAUCAACAUAGACUUGAGCUGAUUUAGAGGACAGUUUUCACAGAGUAUAGCUGUGGGAUGGGCUAAAUUUCAUCUUGAGGGUGUAGACCAUUCACACAACGACUCUUUUGUUGAUGGUAAUGUCUGUGUGAGGCAAAUACUGGAGGGGAAACUAAAUCUGGAAUAUUUUUCAUGCACCCUGGGACUCAUUACACACUCUCUUGCGGUUUAUCUCACUUCUCCUUUUCACAGGCAGCUGUCUUCAUCAGCUGUGUCUUACAAACAUUUGCCCCUUUCCCCGAUAUCUCAUUAGUGUCACACACUGUUCUCCCCGUUGUUAUCGUAAUGUUACCCUUCUCCUUAAACCCUCUUGAUAUCAUUCGUUAUCUCACAACCCUGUGCUCCUCAUGUGUCCAAUUACUCCUCUUGCCAAAAUGCUUUCUCCUCCUUCUCCUCUGUUACCAGCCUUCUACCCCCACUUCCCCCAUUAUCUCCCAGUAAACACUAGGCGGGCAUACCAUAUGACAGGGAAAGUAUAGCCUUUAUAAGGCCGUAUUGUUACCCAUUCAGUUAAGGCAUGUGUCGUGUGGUUUUACUUUCACUCUUCUGACUUGUAGGGUAGAAACCAUCUUUGGAAGAUGCCCCUGAUCCAGAGAUAUGCAUGUCGUUCACUUGUGCUCCAGCUUCAAUCUCUCUCAGAGGAUCAUGAUUGGUUGUCUGGUGUGCAUCUCUUGAACACAAGAUAACACAGUCAAUAACACAGUGAGUGUUAUUAGCCAUGUCUUAGACAUAUCAUCCAUCCCCUUCACACACACACACACACACACACACACACACACACACACACACACACACACACACACACACACACACACACACACACACACCAGCAUUACCACAACACUCUGUCCUCCACCCCCCAUCGUCAUGUGAUACUUAGAGGUACUUAGAGAUCGAUUUCAUUUUUUAAUCUUGGUAAGUGGAUCUUGCCCAGUCUCCAGCCAUUUUGAAGAAAUUAAGAAGUCCGGUUGAACUCGGCAGUUUGUCUCAACAGACGAAAGGCCCUCACAUUAUCUUUUUUUGUUGGCCUCAACGCUGUUCAUAGCAUGAGCAUUUACCCCCAACAUAAAGAUUGGGUAGCCAACACUGAUACUAGACUGACUUGAGGAGUUUUUCCUUAAGAGGAUUAGUAAUAGGAUAGGAGGUAGUCCUGAUCAGCUAUUAAUGAAGUGUGUCAGGGAGGGUUGAUCUGUUAUUUUCAAAGACAUACACACAAAAAAGAGUGAAAUCUACCAGGCACACACACAAGCCUCUACCUCUGUGUGUUACUUACACUUUUGACUGAAAAGAAUAGCCGCUGCAAAGAUGAACAGACAUCAAGAAAUAGGAGAGUCAAUUUUACCAAAUCUAAUGCACCAUAAUAACUGCUACAAGUUUAAAAAGGAUAUUUGGCAUAAUGAUCAUCCCACCCCAUUAUAAGUACAGUCUUUCUUUGUUUUGCUCAGGACAUUUUCCUUCUCGCUGUGUCUCAUGGCUAUGUUGAUACUGGUCUCUGUGUACUGGAAUGUUCCUGCAUGGCAGGGAUGUCAAUUAUAAAAGAGACACGGUGAUACCAAAGGGUUUUCAAGCUUGUUAAUUGUGUUGGCAUGAAGGAACUGUUUGAUCCUUAGACUUCUCUGUAAAUGUAACAGAAGUGCAUUCAUUUCUGCCCAGAAACAUGCAGAAACGAGCACGUAGUCCUCACAUUGCCGCCUCAUUACAAUUCGACAAGCGCCCGUCACCCCCACCUCAGAGUUGAAUAAAACAGUGUUCUCUGUUAAUCACUAGUGUUUUACCUGAAAAAGAAAAAUCUGCACAGUUCAGUUCUCCCAUUCUGUUUAAGUGUAAUUCUGUUGUUUUUGUCAUAGGCUCAACAGCUACUGGGGAGGUUGAUGUGGACACUAUCCCUUGCAUCCUGGAGCAUGCCAGUAUCCCAUGAUGCCUCUACUUGCAGACUGGCUUCUGCGCCACUCGGUGGUCAUGUGUUUGCUGCUGCACAGCUUGGUGCUUAUGACCUUCUGUUUCCAUCAUGCUGCCACCAGUUGCUCCAAGAGCUGCUACUGCUCUGAGAACGAAAGCGCCGGCAAGACAAUGCGCUGCAGCAAUCUGCAACUCACAGAGAUCCCUCAGGAUAUCCCUAACGACACUCGCAGAAUCUACCUGGACUUUAACCUCUUAACAUCAGUCCCAAAAAAUGCUUUUGCAGGGUUGUCUCAGCUGGUGGAGCUGGAUCUAUCGCACAAUGAGUUAAGCCAGUUAGAACCGGGGGCUUUUGGAGGGCUUGGAUCCUCUCUACAAUUCCUGGACCUUUCUUCCAACAAGCUUGUCAACUUUAACCCUGAUGCUUUCGAGGGCCUGCAGGCUCGCGCCAACCUGACAAACAAUCCAUGGCAUUGUGACUGCAACUUGCAGAUGGCAAUGCCUCGUGUGGACCUACAGCCUGCAUCUUUAACAGGCAUAGUGUGCCAGACUUCAGAUCCAGAGGAGACAGGAGUUCAAGGACUUGCCUUCCUGUUAGCUCCAGAGGUAGACUUAUGUGCGGUGAUGAAGAGGACUACAGAUGUGGCCAUGCUGGUUGUAAUGUUUGCCUGGUUCACCAUGGUCAUCUCCUACCUUGUCUACUACGUCAGGGCCAAUCAAGAGGACGCCCGCAGACACCUGGAAUAUCUCAAGUCUUUGCCCAGUAGACAGGGCAAGUCUGAGGAGUCUUCCACCAUUAGUACAGUUGUAUAAGAGUAAAACACGGACCUUAGCGGGAAACAUAGUCUGAACUGGUUGGAACUACAGUCCUGCAGCCUCACUGCCGUCAUUAGUGUCAGAUGCUUUUUCAAGCUGUUGUCAUGGAAUCAAGGUGGGCAACAAGAUGUGCCUGCACAAGGAACGGGGCCAUUGCAACCUUGUCCAGAUCAAUUAUUCAUCUUUCAGCUGCCCAUUGAGAGUAUUGUAGACUGAGAUGAUGGUCAAGUCUGCGCUCAAUUUGAGAAAAAAGCAUCAGUAUUUUUGUCAGUCUCCAAAUAUGGUAUACAAAUGGGAUUUAUUCAGUUGUGCAUGCAUGCACAUUGAUGCACGUCUCCCAGACACAAUCCAAGAUGCAGCAUCAGAUAGUAAUAGAAACACCAUGAAUAGGUAACAGUAGAAAGAAGAACUCCUAGUAAAACUGUUUCCCAUUCCUUAUGGUAUUCACUGGUAUACUACACAUAUUAAACAAAGUUUUCCAUUUAUGUCAUCGUUUUGGCUGUUUGUCUUGAAAGAAAAUGUC